ACAGGUGACUGGUUGAAUAGAGAGACCUGUUCCUGAAUAUGUCGAGGAGAAAGUUGGAGAAUAAAAGCCUUUCUGGCUUGUUAGCUACAUCUCUGCAGACACAAAUCAAGACAGACAAUUUCUACAAUUUUUAUAUGCUUGAAUCAAAAGAACUAGGAAGAGGAAGAUGUGCUGUGGUUAGAAAAUGUAUAGCUAAAUCCACAGGCCAAGAGUAUGCAGCUAAAUUUUUGAAGAAAAGAAGAAGAGGUCAAGACUGCAAAGCAGAGAUUCUUCAUGAAGUUGCCGUACUUGAAUUAAUGAAAUCUAAUCCUCGUAUAGUUAAUCUCCACGAAGUCUAUGAAACAGCAAAUGAAAUCAUCUUAGUGUUGGAAUAUGCUGCUGGAGGAGAAAUAUUUGACUUAUGUGUCCCAGAUCUGGAUGACAAAAUCAGUGAAAGGGAUAUUAUAAGGCUUAUAAGACAAAUACUUGAAGGACUUUGCUGCUUGCAUGAAAACAAUAUUGUUCAUCUUGAUUUAAAGCCUCAAAAUAUUUUGCUAAGCAGCGUUAAUCCUCUUGGUGAUGUAAAAAUUGUAGAUUUUGGUAUGUCUCGGAAGCUUGAGAAUUCUAGUGAACUGCGGCAGAUCAUGGGAACAACAGAGUAUCUAGCUCCAGAAAUCUUAAACUACGAUCCUAUUACCACUGCUACAGAUAUGUGGAACAUAGGUGUAAUUUCAUACAUGCUGCUAACACAAGAAUCUCCAUUUGUGGGAGCUGAUAAUCAAGAAACUUACCUUAAUAUAUCUCAAGUUAACGUGGAUUAUUCAGAAGAAACAUUUUCAUCAGUUUCACAGCCUGCCAAAGACUUCAUUCAAAAACUUCUCAUUAAAAAUCCAGAGGAAAGACCCACAGCAGAGGCCUGUCUUUCUCAUUUGUGGUUGCAGCAAGGGGACUAUAUACUCUUGUGUAGCCCUGAAGAAACUUGCAGCUCUUCUCUGAUGCCAGGACACACAACAAAAUGCUCAGAAGAGCGGAGUGUAAAAUCCAGUUGUAAUGGUACCUGUAGCAACAAGGAAGACAAAGAAAACAUUCCAGAGGACAGCAGUACAGUCUCCAAACGUUUCCGUUUUGAUGAUUCAUUGCAGUAUCCCCAAGACUUCAUGACAGACUUUGUAUGUUAAUGUGUAAUAUAGACUUUUAUAAAAUUAAUUUGGCAUAAUCUAUUUCAGUAGUGAAUAUAAGAUUAUGGCUUGCCAAUUUAUGCAGCAUUGGCAUACUGGAAAUGCACUUUGAUUCUUUUAUGCUGGUACUUCCUUUUCUAUCCAUUGCUGGCAAUGGAUUUAACUCCUGAGAAAUUGGGAUUGUUGCACCAAUAAAAUGAAUUAUUUUUUUUAAGAAGAGAUAAUUAAAUAUUUUUGCACUUUUCAAGUUUUAGUCCAAAAUUAUGCCAGAGUGAACAAAUUAAAACCUGAAGGUGAGUUUAAACUCA